GACAGAGCUGAUCCGACCAGCUCGGAGGAAGCACGAUGAAGACAAUAGAAGGGCUGAUCGCAGCCCUGUUGGUGACCUACAGCUUGGCCGAUCAUGGAGGAGGCUUCUCGGGAGGAGGUUUAAUCAGCAGUGGAUACUCUGCACCAUCAGGCGGAGGUGGAGGAGGAGGAGGAGGAUCCUCUGGGGGAGGUGGAUACAGUGGAGGAGGAGGAGGAGGUUCCUCAGGAGGAGGCUCAGUCAGCAUUGGAUACUCAGCACCAUCAGGUGGAGGUGGAGGUAGUGGAGGAGGAGGAGGAUCCUCAGGCGGAGGUGGAGGUAGUGGAGGUGGAUACAGUGGAGGAAGCGCAGGAGGAAGUUCCUCAGGAGGAGGCUCAAUCAGUAUUGGAUACUCGGCACCAUCAGGAGGAGGUGGCGGUGGAUACAGUGGAGGAGGAGGAGGUUCCACAGGCGGAGGUGGAGGUAGCGGAGGAGGAUACAGUGGAGGUGGAGGAGGUUCUUCAGGAGGAGGCUCAAUCAGUAUUGGAUACUCAGCACCGUCAGGAGGAGGAGGAGGUUCCACAGGCGGAGGUGGAGGUAGUGGAGGAUACAGUGGAGGAGGAGGAGGUUCCACAGGCGGAGGUGGAGGUAGUGGAGGAGGAUACAGUGGAGGUGGAGGAGGUUCUUCAGGAGGAGGCUCAAUCAGUAUUGGAUACUCAGCACCAUCAGGAGGCGGUGGAGGUAGCGGAGGAGGUUACAGUGGAGGAGGAGGAGGAGGUUCCUCAGGAGGAGGUGGAGGCAGUGGGGGAGGAUACAGUGGAGGAGGAGGUGGAGGUUCUUCAGGAGGAGGCUCAAUCAGGUAUUGGAUAACUCAGCACCAUCAGGAGGCGGGGGUGGAGGUUCGUGGGAGGGGGGGGAAAAAGGGGGGGGGGGGGGGGGGAGGUUACAGCUGGAGGAGGAGGGGGGGGGCAGGGAGAGGUGGUUCCUCAGGAGGAGGUGGAGGUAGUGGAGGGGGAUACAGUGGAGGUGGAGGAGGUUCAUCAGUAGGAGGCUCAGUCAGCAGUGGAUACAGGCCACCAUCAGGAGGAGGAGGUGGAGGAGGAGGUAGUGGAGGAGGAUAA